AUGGCUACACUAGAAAAACUUCGUCCAACAUCAGGAGUUACACCAGCUAGUCUUAAACGUGAAACAAAUGAAUAUUUACAACGUGCAUCUAAUCUUGAACGAAAUCGACAAUAUGAAGAAGCAUCUGUUCUUUACAGACGUGUUGUUUCUAUAAUUAAUUCACGUGAAGGUACACCAGCUGUUGAUGAUGAAUUAAUAUCAAUAAAACGUAAUGCUAAUCAACAAUUACUUCAUUUAUCAUUAAAUAAAAAUCAAACAGCAAAUUCUAAUGAUGUAUAUCGAAAUAUGGUUCGAGAUUUAUCAUCUCAAAUUCCGCAUACAAACAAUGAACAAGAUCUAGCUGACAUGUCUCAGCAAGUUUUUGAAGAUCCAUCAGCAUUUCAACCAAUAGAUGCUACUGCAAAUCAAAAAGAAAGCAAUGCUAAUGUUUUAUUUGAACUUGAUACUGGUGCAAAACUAUUUUAUUUAGCAAAAGAUGGAUCAAUACAAACAACAUCAGAAACGUUACCUUUAACAAUAUACGAAGUCACUGAAGACGGAGAAAAAUGUGGAUUAUUAAAACUAGGUAGUUGGAUUUAUCCAUUACAUCCAAAAGUUUCACCAGCAUUCAAAACUGGUUAUGAUGCAUAUAUUUUUCCAAAUAAUACAUCAGUUGGUGAAUUUGUCGGUCUUAUGUUUGAUGAAACAAUAUCAACUGAUACUCGUAGUUUCUUUGAAGAUAUUCUAUCGAAAUUAUCAGUUUUUAUGGCUCAACAAGGAACACCUACUUAUGGUGAAUCAUUAACAGCCAGAACUAAUAAUGAUACAAAUACUAAUGCAGCGAUAAUCGGACAAGACGUAGCAACAGCCCAAGAAGACUUACCAUACGAUACAACAAGAAAAACAGGAAAAGUUGCAGUUGCACUUAUGACUGGAACAAAAUUUUUAACAAAACAGUUAGCUACUGGUGUUGGUAUGGCUGAAAAUGUAAUAGGACAUGUAUCAAAAAAUGUACAGGGAAAAUUAGUACCAAAUGCUGAACCAGUUAAAGUACAUAAAGGUUUACAUGCUACUGCUCGUGGUCUACGAUCUACAUCAGAAGUUGCUGUUAAAGCAAGUGGUUUUGUUGUAUCAAAAAUAGGUGACAUGACUCUUGGUUUAGCACGAACAUUUGCACCUAAUUUUGGUAAAGUUCAAAAGAAGACAAAUCCAGAUGGUAGUAUUGAAACAGUGAAAUUAAGUGGUUUGAAAGGUAUUGGACAUGCUGGAUUGGCAAGUUUUGGCAUUGUCUAUGAAAGUUGUGAAAAUGCUGCAAAACAUUUAGCAACAAAUUUAGCUAACGAAAGUGUUAAUGUUAUUAAAUAUAAGUUUGGUGAUGAUGCUUCCAUUUUGACAGAAAAUGCAGCAUAUGCAGUUGGAAACACUGCGUUAACAGCAUAUACUGUUGGAGGACUUGGUCCGAAAUCAAUUGCAAAAAAAGUUGUCAAACAAACAGCAAAACAAACAGUAAAGAAUGCGUUUUCAUAA